AUGAUCAUUCCAAUUAGAUGUUUUACCUGCGGCAAGGUGAUAGGCAAUAAAUGGGAAGCGUACCUUCAUCUUUUACAAGCUGAAUACACAGAAGGAGAUGCUUUGGAUGCUUUAGGCCUAAAAAGAUAUUGCUGUAGACGAAUGCUUUUGUCUCACGUGGAUCUGAUAGAGAAAUUACUAAACUAUACACCUUUGGAGAAGUAA